AUGAUAGGUAGUGAUAAUAAUAGCGAAUAUGCAUUAGAAAUAUGUAAAAUAUGUAAAGAAAAUGCAAAUGCAAAUGCUGUGACAUUAGAUAAAAAUGUUACAAGUUCUUGUACUUGUCAAAAUAAUAUAAAAAGCUUUUUAGAAAAAAAAAAGCCUAAUUACAAAAAUUUAUUUCAUCAGAAUAAUUUAUCAUAUAAAUCUUUUAGUGAGAAAAAUUUUAAUCAAGAAAAAUUAAAAAUAUAUUUUAAGAAAGUUAAACAAGAUAAAAAAUUCUCAGAUAAUGAAUUUAUGGAUAAAUCAAAAAAGCGUAUAAUUAAUAAAAAUGGGAAAAAAGGAAAAGAGAGUAUUAAUUUCAAAAAAAAAGAAAAUGAAGACAAAAAAAAAUUAGAAGAAAAAGAAAAAAAUAAAGAUAUAAAAAGGGAGGAAGAAAAAGAAAAAAAUAAAGAUAUAAAAAAGGAGGAAGAAAAAGAAAAAAAUAAAGAUAUAAAAAAGGAGGAAGAAGAGAAAAAUGAAGAAAAAAAAAAUCAAGUAGAAGAAAUAGAAGAAAUAGAAGAAAUAGAAGAAAUUAAUAAUUUUGAAAAAAAUAAACAACUGAAUAUAAAUGAAAUGGACGAAAAUAACCAAAUAGAAGAGAAAAGGGAAUAUGAUAAUGAAAAAAUUAAAAAUAAAUUUAAUGUUUUCCAUAUAGGGAUAAACAAAAUUGAGGCAAUUAAAGCUUUAUAUAGAGAUUGCAAAAAUAAUUUCAAUAAAAGUUUUAAAGAAAAAAUAAAUAAAUUAAAUUCAUUAAUGUAUUUCUGUAAUGAUAAUAACUUUGAAAAUAAUAUUUCUGUUGAUUAUAUUAAUGAUAUUGAUAAAAUAAAUUCAAUAAAAAAAGAGAGAUUGUCAAGAUUAUUUUUAUAUAUUGAAGAUAUAAAUAAAUUAAAACAAGCAUUUAAAGUUAAACAGCAUAAUAACAUGGAAUUGGAAGAUAAUGAAAAUACAGAAUAUUUUUAUGAUGCAAAUGAAGAUAUUGAAGAUUUUUUUAUUUUUGAUGAUUCAUUUUCAUGCAUAAAUAAUGACGUUGAUAGUAUUUUUACAGAAAAUGAAAAUGCAACAUUUUUAAAAGAAAAUAAAAGUAAUGAUCAUUAUUUAGAAGAAGGAAAAGAUAAAUCAGAUGAAGAAAAUAAUAUGUUAAAUAUAUUUACAAGGUUUUCUUUAAAAAAUUAUUAUUGCUUUGACAUUAAUAAAAACUUAUGUUCUAUAUAUGCUUUCACUCCUAUGAUAAUUAAAAAAUUUGCUGAAAAAAUUAACUCUUAUAAUAUAUAUAGAAGUGAUAAAGUAAUAAAUAAUAAUGAAGAAAACAAUAUAAAUUUCACAUUAGAUUGUAAAAAUAAUGAUAAAAUUAAUUAUUAUUCCCAUUAUACACUUGAUGAUGGUCAUAACUUAGAUACGUAUAUUCAAUUUCAUUGUGAUAAAUGGCAAGAAAAUAUGUAUGAUAUUGUUGAAGUUAAUAGUCUUGAAUUUGAUUUUAAUUGCUUAAAAUGUAAUAUUAUGUAA